AUCCGAAAACGCCUGUCAUCGUCGCUAUUCGAUGACGAAAAUUUCAGUUGUAAACAUGGAGGAGAGAGAAGCACUGAAGAGGCAAAUUGAUCUUUUACAAAAUCUCAUCAAUAAACACAAGAGUGUCCAUGGCGACACCCCGUUCACAAGAGUCGGGCAGAGGCCUCCAGAAGCCUCGACAUACGCCAGAGGCAGGGGUCACAGCGCAUCUGUCAUUCACCCUCACAGCUUCAGGGGGAAAACGUAUGUCCCUCAGAGCCGUGGAAGUUGGAGGAAGGCGUACUCUCUAAGAAACAAGAACCCUGAGUCCUCUGUUGGACAACCGUUAGCUUCUACCUCCUCCUCCUCCUCCGUGCAUCAGUCUAGUCCCCGAGCUUUAUCUCACAGCACGACACUGCCUAGCAACAGCAGAGGAGAGGACACUGAUAGAACCAAAACUGCCACUUUAUCAUCAGGGAUUACCGAACAGAAGAAAGAUGGACAUAUGAGUAGCAUCACAGGGGUUAGGGGAGUUGCAACAGAGAAGAAAGCCAUACAUACUUUUAGAAAAACGGUGGCAGCUGUGUCUCAGCUGGAGGAUGGACAAAAAAGUUCAAGCUCCACAGGUAGAGGACAUGAAGAGCAGCAGCAGAAGGCUGAAGGCAGGUGUGUAGUCCUGCCAGGAAAGAUAGCAUGUAGUUCUUCAGAAGCACCUUCUUCAAUCAAGGCCAACACUACCACUACCAGUUUACAGAACAUCUCCCAGUUACACAUCAAACCUUCUAUGACAAGCAAAACCAGCACCGAGACUAAACAAACUAUUCCAACCACAACUUCAGCAACACCUCCUCACUCUGCUCUGUCUAAGUUGUCAAAACAACCUACCGUUAACCUUCCCACAUCUCAGACCAGCCAGGCCCAAGUUAGCGCACCUUUUUUGAAAAAAUCCAAGUUCACCUGGGUAAAGAACCAGAGUACAGGAGGAGGAGAGCCCAGACAAGGUAGCUCCAUUUCCUCACCCGCAGGCAAAGUUGUGACUGUUGCCCCAGUGUUGGGAUCAAAAGGUGGAGCUGCCAGUGAAAGCUCUCCUAUAGCUGCAGUUAGUAAGAGAACCCCUGCCAAAAAAUUACCUCGAAAGCUUAGUCCGGUUAUUGUAGCUCCUAAAACCUCUAAGUAUAAAUGGGUCUCCUCAUCUGCUGGAGCCCAGGCUAAGACGUCCAGAAAACCGCUAUCCCCAAAAGCCCUGACUCUUCCUCAGAAAGUUGUGGAGAAAGGAGAUGCUGCAAAGAAGCUCAAACCAGGCUCCACUCCCCCUGUAAAAUUGAAAAAGGGAUUUUCCUCCACCACCGGCUCCUCGCUCAGUAACCGUUACCGCUGGAAGGCUGGUGGUCAGAGGACCACUGCAGCAGUGACGGGAGGGGCAGCGGUGGCCCGUCGUAGAUCUGCCUUCCACUGGACCUCAGAGAAAAGCAACAAAGGAGUGAGAGGAGCUCUUGUAGUUUCUCCAACUUUACCCCAACGUGCCUCCUUCCCAUCCUCCUCCCCUGGUGGAUUCAAGCUCCGCAGCAGGAUGAAAAUCAUAAGGAGGUCCGCUAGCAGUGGAAGUGGGUCAGAGAAGGGGAGCAGCCCGUCAGCAGUAAAGCUCUCCCCUCGGGGCCGGAUACACACCUUGACCAGGACACCUAUAGGAGUUAGGAGGACACCCUCCAGGGAGCUCGUGUCUUUUGGUAGACACAAGUUGAGGCGGCUCUCUCCUACCUUAUCAAGGACAGGUCCCGCCGCUUCCUCCCACCGUAGCCCCGCCUCCCAGCGGGUGUUCAGGACCCGCUACAAGAUGGUGACCCGGCCGGGCUCCGGCGUGGCACACACCCUCCAUUACAACCCCGCCCUCUCCUGGAGAGCCAAGAGGAUCCAGUCUGCCAGGAGUUUCCUCCAGAGCCGUCGGAGGGCUCCCCACGACAGACACCCGUCAUCCACUCAGCACUGGAGAGGAACCGGCAUGUGCUGGAUACGUGGUUCCCUGUACCGAGUGUCAGCCAAUAAGCUGUCCCGCACGGUGGCGUCCAACAUGUCGAUCAAUCGAACAGGAAGAAGUUUCAGCCUUUCCAACGUCUCACCUGUGAAUCCUGCUUUGAAUCGGCCCUUUAGCACUCGUCAUCUGGCCAGCCGUGCAGUCCAGCGGAGUCUCGCCAUCAUCAGACACGCUCGUCAGAAGAAGCAGCCGAGGCAGUACUGCAUGUACUACAACCGCUUUGGCAAGUGCAACCGUGGCAGCAGCUGUCCCUACAUCCAUGACCCGGACAAGGUGGCUGUUUGCACCAGGUUUCUGCGAGGGACGUGCAAGCAGGCAGACGGGACCUGCCCAUUCUCCCAUAAGGUGGCCAAGGAGAAGAUGCCAGUGUGCUCCUACUUCCUGAAGGGAAUCUGUAACAACAGUGACUGUCCCUACAGUCAUGUCUACGUGUCCCGCAAGGCUGAAGUGUGUGAGGACUUUGUUAAAGGUUACUGUCCUCAAGGAGAGAAGUGUAAGAAGAAACACACUCUGGUGUGUCCAGACUUCUCUAAGACCGGUUCCUGCCCACGAGGAACCCGCUGUAAGCUGCAGCAUCGCCAACGAGCCAAACGAGGCGCCAACACCCUCACCAGCCCCGCCAGGAGAGCCCGCAGCAAGGAGCCCUCCAAGAGGCCACGCUUGUCUGUGGUCAUACCGCAGGGCUCUCAGGCAGCUCCAGGUACGCCCGCCGCGGGCUCUCUGGAGCUGCCGUCCUUUAUCUCCCUCUCCAGCUCCCCAGAGGAGGCAGACGCACCGGACACGCUACCAGCCGACACCUCGCAGGUCAAAGAGAAAAAACUGCAGAUCAAGCCUCGGCUGUGAGACUACAAAGACCAGCAGCACUAGAGGUGGAAAAACACUUCCAUGUGCCGUUUCUGAGCUCCAGGUUUGUCCUGACAGGUGUAUCUGAAUUACUUCACUCAGGGCGUGACAUUUUUUAUCUUCUGUAUCUAUAAAUCAGUUUCACAUAUCACUCUGUGUGUUUACAAGACAGGUUUUUCCUUCAUCAGGUUUUGUAAAUUUUAAAAACAACAAUAAAGAAUCUCUUCCAGUG